AUGGCUUCAGCGCCGCCAUCCGUGGUGCCCCAAGCUAUCAGCUCUGGCGAGCUUGCAGACCUCAUAUCCACCACCGGAACUGCCACACUUUAUCCCUCGGACGACGCCAUUCUCGCGGUCCUCCACGCUCGCUUCCGCGCUGACUUGCCCUAUACUAGCAUAGGAACUACCAACCUUGUCGUCCUCAACCCAUGCAAGUCUCUUGCAAGCGUCAAUGACGCUAGCGCGAAGGAGUAUGAAGAGCGGUGCUACAAGGAAACAAAGCUGGGCUUGACCGAUGCUCGUCGAGCCCCUCAGCCUCACGUUUACGACUUGGCUGCCAAGAUUUAUCUACUGAUGAGAAGGCGCAACGAGCCUCAGGCUGUGAUCGCCCGUGGUGUUACUGGUUCAGGAAAGACAGCCAGCAGCCGUCUACUCGUUGAUCAGCUCCUCAGACUCUCCGCCCACUCCAAGAAGGAAGGGAAACUUGUCGAACAGAUCAAGGCAUUCGACACCCUUUUGCAAUCGUUCGGACAUGCCAAGACGCAGACCAACGCAAAUGCCUCGCGAUUCAUUCGUUACACUGAGCUCCAUUUCAACUACCGUGGGCGCAUAAACUCGACUAAAGUCCUUGCGUUUGGACUGGACAAAUCUCGCCUCGCUCGCCUCUCCCACGACGAGCGCUCGUACCAUGUUUUCUAUCAGCUUCUUGCUGGUGCCACGCCAUCCGAGCGGGAUUACCUGGGCUUGGAAGGACCACCCGAUUAUGCCCUUCUCGCAUCAUCAGGCUGCUAUCGUCUCCCUGCGGGCCCCUUCAAUGAUGAUGGCAUUUCCUGUGAUGAUUUGCGGGCUGCCAUGAAAGUUCUAGGUUUCAAGUCGAAGCACGUCUCCUCUAUAUGGAGCGUGCUGACUGCUAUCCUCGUGCUAAGCAACAUUGAGUUCGCAGAAGCAGAUUCUCAGGAUACGUCAGCGUACGUUCUCAACUUGCCGAUACUCCAGCAUGCAGCGAGGUUACUGGGAGUAGCGCCUGAAGAUCUCAGCGAUUCUCUCACGUACAAGACGACCUACGUUCGCAAGGAGUUGUACACCGUUCUCCUCAAUGCACAGCAGAGUACCAUCCAGAGGGACCAGCUCAUCCGCAACCUGUAUGCGAUCCUCUUCGCAUUCAUCGUGGAGAGCGCCAACCACAAGCUCGCACCCACAUCGGCUGCCGAGGCAUUGCCUAGCAAAGUUAUCCUACUGGACCAACCCGGUUUCCAAUCCCGUACCUCGGAGACUACUGCCACCACAGUGGGAUCGACCCUCAUUUCUGCCGAGCGCAACGGCUUCGACGAGUUUUGCAUCAACUUCGCGGAUGAAGUUAUCCAGUCCCAUAUCUUCCGAAACAUCUUUGACGACAAUGCCUAUCACAAUAGUCAAGCUCUCGCUGACGGCAUUCCCCUUCCUCAAGUAGAGGUCCUGGAUAAUGCGGCCUGCACAGAGCUCCUGCGCGGUCCAUAUUCCGUCGCCAGAAACUCGCGCAAGCCGAGUGGACUCUUGGGAGUCGCGGACAAGGCGUCGUCAUCUUACAAGUCCGGAAAGGGAGGAGAAUCUAGAAAUGACGACUUGCUUCAGGAAAUGUCGGCCAAGUUUGGCAUGCACACUUCGUUCGUUAAGCCUUCUUCGCCUGACGAGAAGCGAUCGUUCAGUAUCAAGCACUAUGUUGGUCCUUGUUCUUACGAUACAAGUAACUUCGUGGAGAAGAAUGCCGACAUCAUCGACCCGGCUUUCGUCACCCUUCUCCGGGAGUCGUCGGAUACGUUCGUGACCAAGCUUGUAUCUGGACCUGGUCUCUCUACGGAAUUGCAUGAAGCAGAUAAUGAGACCAUCGUUCAAGCACAGAUCUCUUUACGACCUCUUCGCAGCCCCUCUUCUCUUGGGGCAGCUGAGGAUAGCAGCCCUCGCUUGAACCCAGCCAAGAUAUAUCCCGUGACCACGCAGCUUAAUCAGUCCCUGUGGGACGUUCUGGCCGCAAUGGAUAAUGCGAAGCUGUGGACGUUGUCCUGUAUCCGACCCAACGACAACGGCUUUUCGAACUCCUUCGACAAGCGCCGGGUCAAGUCGCAGAUCAGGGCGUUACUCUUGCCAAGCGUCGUGGCGAGGCGGAGCCUCGAAUAUGUUGCAUCUAUGGGUCAGACAGAGUUCUGUGACAGGUAUUGCCCGACUACACGGGGCUCAACAGCCGAACGCAUUCGUCAGUGUGCAAGGUCUUAUGGCUGGGUAGAAAGCUCGGACUAUGCAAUGGGACAGAACCAAGUUUGGCUGUCCUAUUUCGCAUGGAAGGUGGUCGAGGAUGUGCUGCGUACCGCAGAGAAGGAGCAAAAGAACAUGACACAUGAAGAUUCGGAAGAUGAUGAUAGUCUCAGUCUGCCCCACGAAGGCACCAUGGACAACCAGCCAUCCCCUGUGGUUGACACCAGCAACUAUCGUACGAGUUACUUUGAUGGUUCUCCAGCCGCGGACUAUCCUAUGUCAAGAAGUCCUGCAGGGUUUGACGGCUAUGCGCCGUCGCAUUUCGUUCCCGCGGGGUACCCGGCCACACCUGCCGAGGAAGCUGGCUCAAUGUACAAAGCUGAAGCCUACGGGGACACGCCCCCUUUGGUGGCUGGUACCGAUCUUCAGAGCGUGCCUAAAGAUCAUGAACAAAUUAUUGAGGAACAACUGCCAGCUACUCGUCAGCGGCGCAUAUGGCUCUUCCUCGUGACGAUAACCACGUUCUUCAUUCCGGACUUCCUACUCAGUUGGCUGGGGCGCAUGAAGCGGCCAGACGUUCGCCUUGCCUGGCGUGAAAAGUUCACCAUAUUCUUCCUUAUCCUUCUCCUCAACGGCAUCGUUCUCUUCUACAUCAUCGUCUUCGGUCGGCUCCUCUGUCCGAACUUCGAUAAGGCAUGGACAGCCAAUGAAGUUGCGCAGCAUACGGGGACCAACGACUUUUACGUCUCCAUCCAAGGCAAGGUUUAUGACGUCUCCAACUUUGUUCAUGGCGAUCACAGCGAUAUCUCUGGCGAGCCAAGCAAUGGAGAGGAUACCCUUGAUUAUCUUGCCGGGACGGAUUUGACGUACUACUUCCCUCCCCCUUUGACUCUUGCUUGCAGUGGCCUUGUCAUCGAUACGAGCGUUGCUAUCACGAUCAAGAAUUCGAGCUCCAUGACUGUUCCUACUGCGAAGCACAGCUCCGGCGCCCAGGCCCCCACGUCCAACACUGCGCUAGAUAACACUGACUGGUAUACGGCGACAUAUCUUCCGAAGAUCAACCAGUACUACAAAGGCGCUCUUGUUUGGGAACCGAGCGACAUAUCAGGACAAGCGGCUGACACGAACAUUGAGAGAGUGUGGGCUAUCUACGACAACAGCAUCUAUGAUCUGACGGAUUAUGUGUACACGACGACCUCGAUCGACCAGAACGUGGCCACAUACCAGUUCUUGGACAAGAACCUUGUUGAUGUGUUUACUGAGCAAGCUGGACAGGACAUCACGAGUAGCCUCAACAGUGUUCUCGACGCCAUGGGUACCGAGAACAAGACUGCAAACAUGGACUGUCUAAACAAUGCAUUCUACUGGGGCGAAACAGACUUCCGGUACACGGCAAGAUGUCAGGUUCAGAACGUCUUAUUGCUCGUGUUCUCCAGUAUAUUGAUGGCAUCUAUGGGACUGAAAUUCUUGGCUGCGUUACAGUUGGGCCACAAGAAGCACCCCGAGCUUCUGGACAAGUUCGUUCUUUGUCAGGUUCCUUGCUAUACCGAGGGCGAAGAUUCCCUCCGCCGGACCAUCGACUCUCUGGCUGCGUUGGAUUACGACGACAAGCGCAAGCUGAUCUUCAUCAUCUGUGAUGGUAACAUUAUCGGUGGCGGCAACGAACGGCCUACACCUAGUAUCGUGCUCGACAUUCUCGGAGUGAAUCCGUCCCAUGAUCCUGAGCCACUGAUGUUCAAGUCUAUUGGAGAGGGCUCUCAGAAACUCAACUACGGCAAGAUUUACUCCGGCCUGUACGAAUUUGAAGGUCAUGUUGUACCCUACGUCGUUGUUGUCAAGGUCGGCAAGCCUACGGAACGCUCGAGGCCAGGAAACCGCGGGAAGCGUGACAGUCAGAUUCUGCUCCUGCAGUACCUCAACCGGGUUCACUUCAAUUCGCCCAUGUCACCUCUCGAGCUUGAGAUCUACCACCAGAUGAGGAACGUCAUCGGCAUAGACCCAGCCUUCUACGAGUACAUUUUUACGGUUGAUGCCGAUACCACCGUGACUCCACCGUCGCUGAACCGGCUUGUUGCUUCUGCUGCGGACGAUUCUAACAUCAUUGGCAUUUGUGGGGAAACUAAGCUGCAGAACGAAGAGGGGUCGUGGUGGACGAUGAUACAGGUCUACGAGUACUAUAUUUCGCACAACCUGUCGAAAGCCUUCGAAAGUCUCUUUGGGUCGGUAUCUUGUCUUCCAGGAUGCUUCACGCUGUACCGCAUUCGCACGGCGGACAAGGGUCGUCCGGUUAUCAUAUCCAGCCGGGUCAUCGACGAGUACGCCGAGAACCACGUCGACACUUUACACAAGAAGAAUCUGUUCUCGUUGGGUGAAGAUCGGUUCUUGACCACGCUGCUCAUGAAGCAUUUCCCGACUUACAAGACCAAAUUUACGUCGGAGGCUAUCGCUCGUACCGUCGCCCCUGUUUCCUGGCGUGUGCUGUUCUCGCAGAGGCGUCGAUGGAUCAAUUCCACGGUGCAUAACUUGUGCGAGCUGGCCCUCCUUCCUGACCUUUGUGGUGUUUGCUGCUUCUCGAUGCGUUUCUUUGUCUACCUUGAUCUUAUUGGGACAUUGAUCCUUCCGGCAACUGUCAUAUAUCUGCUAUACCUCAUCAUUGUCGUGUCUAGUGGUCAAAGCGCAUUCCCACUCAUUUCCAUCAUCAUGAUAGCAGUCGUCUACGGUCUGCAGGCUCUCAUCUUUAUCAUUAAGAGAGAGUUCAUGCUUGUGGGCUGGAUGGUUGUGUAUCUCCUUUCGUACCCCGUGUACAGUUUCUUCCUACCGAUCUACUCCUUCUGGAGAAUGGACGAGUUCGGUUGGGGUAACACCCGCGUCGUCCUAGAUGCUGGAGGAAACAAGAAGGUCAUCACAAAUACCGACGAUAGGUUCAAUGAGACAAUGAUUCCGUAUAAGACGUUCGCUGAGUACGAAGCUGAAACAUGGGAGUCCCAAUCCAACAAGAAUACUGGACUGGAUGCGAACGCCAUGAACUCCGGUUAUUCGAUGCAUAUGCCUCCAUCGCAGCCUCGGCUUGCCCCUUCAGCGCAGAUGUCGAGUUACAAUACACACGGAUCAGUCGGAGGUGACUAUUAUCGCGACACGAACAUGACGAAUCCCAAUAGCCGCACACCUUCUCGCCCGGCAUCUCGUUCCGCACACCCCUCAUUUUACCCAUCCGCAUCUCAAGAGAAGCUAAACAUGGCCCCGCCAAGCUAUCACCCAAUGGCUAGCGGAGGGAUGGGCAGUGUUUACGGCAUGACACCACCUGGUUCUCAGAUGAACAUGAGCAUGCACGGCACAGGUUCUCUUGGUGGCCUCGGUGGUCCUCCGCAGCUUCCUUUUGGUAACGGUGGCGGUAUGCGCCCCAACUCGACCUUUUCGAUGGCCACGACGGUCUUCGCUGGGCCGAACACGAACCCUAAUCCUUCGGACGAGGAGUUGUACACGGCUCUGAGAAACUAUCUCAGCACACAGGACCUUAUGACCGUAACGAAGAAAACUGCAAGGGAGGCCAUAGCUGCUCGGUUCCCAAGAGCAGACCUCACUUCUCGCAGGGACUUUUUGAACCAGGCGAUUGACAGCAUUCUUUCUAGCCCGUAA